AUGGACCGCGACAACCCACGACUGGCACAUCAUACCCCGAAAAUGAGCUGUCCCCGCGGAUCGAGGGCAAUCAAGCACCGACAUCAAAGACCACAUCCACAACGCAGCUGGAGGGCUUUCUAUAGAUCCCCGCAUUGGAGGAAACCCAAGGCCCUAAAGAGCAAGUCCUGUCAGAAAAGACGUGGAGAUCUGCCUGUACUCACCGCCUCCAGGAAUGGACUGAAAUUUGCCUGUCUGUAUCACCUGGCUGGCCCACUGCACAACAGUACUCACCCAGGGCGGCUAUCUUGGGCUAUCUAA